AUGACAGAGCUGAGAAGGUCAUCCAGAGUUCGCCAGUCAGCAAAGCACGCCUCCACAUACUACAUUCCCGAUGAGAAGAACAGUCUUUUCUCCACUCCGGGGGUCCGACCGAGGGGGUGGCGGACGGCAGAUGUUGCGGCAGGUUACUUUACGGUGAAGCGAUGGAUGCCCAGGGAUCAGCAGCACCUGACGGCUGGGCUACACGGCGGCCUGACGGACCCAGCCGAGAUUGCUGCCGCCAAGCAAUCGCUUCGAGCAAACAGCAAGGCCUCCACCAGGUUCAAAUCGAGAAACAGGAUGGGCAGCGGGGCACGGCUGUCUACGCUGAGACGGUCGUCUGGUAGCGUUCAAGACAACAGCAACUUCGGUGGUGCUGCGGGGGGGGGGUCGUCUUGGGGUGCCGGGCGGGGAAGCGACGCAGGAACCGGAGGUGGAGGUGGCAGUGCCGCCGGCAGCGGCGUUAGCGGGGUGGAUCCAUCACCGGCUGCAUCCCCUUCCCCCCCGCCCGCUGCUGCGCCGGCCGCUGCACCGAGUGGUGACCGUGAAGCACCGUUCUCAGGGGGGAUGCUUGGCGUUGACGACGACAGCAGUAAGGUUGGCGAGAGCGGCGACGGCAGCAAGGGUGCCGGUGAGGGCGGUGAGGGCGGUGAGGGCGGUCGUGGUGAAGAUGAUGGUGCUGGUGGUGGCCGGAAGCGGCCGGCGGCAGCGAUGGAGCCUGGGUCGGAGGAUGUGGGGGAGCCGCCCCUGCAGUCGAGAAGGAUUUCUCCCGGAGAGAAGCCGUCGCAAUCGCAACCAAAGGGCGAUGGCGGCCAGGAGGAAACCGCACCAUCCUCCGGUGUUAGCCCAUCGCAAUCGACCACUCCCGAUUGUCCUCCUCCAGCUCGGGAGGGUGAGAGUGAGGGGGACGAUAACGGCAAGGGCAAAGGUGGUAGCAGCCAGGACGUGUCACGCUCGUCUUCGCUAUCGCAAGCACCGGAGCAGCGGAAGGAGGUGGAGUCGGCAGAGAUCGUUGCUGUCGGGGCGAAGCAGAGCGUGGGGGCGGGCGGGGCCGCGGGCGAUUCAGCGACCGUUGUCGGGGAUGGUGACGGGGGUAGGUGCAGCGCAGGGGCCGACACGGGGGCAAAGACGGCCGUGGUGCAGCAGUCAUGGGGGGUGUGUGAUAGAUAG